AUGUUCACGACCUUUGCUGCUGCUCUCGUCCUUGCGCAAGCCGUUCGAGGCCAUGUCGCGCCGUUUCACCCCUCGAUGUGGUGCUUCAAUGGCACGUCUGGGUCCAAUAUCAACGCCCAAGAAGCUGUUAACCCUGUGUAUCAAUUGAGCUACAGCGGAUACUGGAUGCAUGCUAAUACCGGCUGUCUUGCUCAACCUCCAGCUGCAGACACUUUCCUGGAGCUUCCCGCCGGUGGCUCGUUCAACGUCGAGAUUGCCGCUAACCGUGCUUUCACCUCCUACUCUUAUGACGGUACUGAAGUCUCUGACUGGGCUGACGGUCAAGCCCACGAAGAAUUGUAUGGAGCUCACACCGAGUGCGUAACCAGCCCCAAUCUCCACGCCCAGAACGAAUCCAUGGCAGCAGGAACUGCUUUCGCUAUCUCCUACACCUCCGACAUCUCUGCGGUCAACGAAGACAACCUUGUCGUGUUCACCGUUGCUCCGAACACCCCCUGGAAGCUUGUUGCGACAUACGACGUCCCAGCGGCAAUGCCAGCAUGCCCAGACGGCGGUUGUAUUUGUGCUGUGAGUGCGCUUGACAACUACUGUGGCAUUCCCAACAUGUAUAUGCAUCCCUUCAGGUGUACAGUUACAGGCGCCACCGGUACGACUGCCAUUGGAACACCCCAAGCUCCUGAAUGGUGUGAAGACGACCAAUCCAAGUGUGUUUCGGGACCCAAGAAGUUCAUCAUUUGGAACCAGAACGAAGCUGAUACGGUGUCCGUCGAUGGCUAUGAUCUUGCCGGAGAGCCCAGGUCCCCCGGAUACAACACCAAGAUGGGAUUCACUGGCGGUGCGUUCAUCGGAUUUUGA